CUCUCUGUCUCUCUCUCUCUCCAUCUCUCUCUCUCUCUCUCUCUCUCUCUCUCUCUUCGCUGCGGCUGCCUGCCUGCUCAGAAAACAAAACCGACCACUCGAGGAACACAGACCCUUUAACGACAGCACCGGGACCGGACCGGACCGGGACACAGGAUAAAAUAAAGCCCACAGAGAGAGAGCGACAGGCAACAUGACGGAGACCGCCAAAACCCACGUCAUCCUGCUGUCCUGCGGCAGCUUCAACCCCGUCACCAAGGGACACAUCCAUAUGUUCGAAAAAGCCAGAGAGUACCUGCACAAAACAGGUCGUUACAUCGUGAUCGGAGGAAUCAUCUCCCCGGUACACGACUCCUACGGAAAACCUGGUUUAGUGCCCAGCAGACAUCGUCUCACCAUGUGCCAGCUGGCUGUCCAGUCCUCUGAUUGGAUCAGGGUGGACCCCUGGGAGUGUUACCAGGACACCUGGCAGACCACCUGCAGCGUGCUCGAGCAUCACCGAGACCUGAUGAAGAGAGUCACCGGCUGUAUUCUGUCCAACGUCAACACGCCAUCAACCACUCCUGUGAUUGGUCAGCCACAGAACCAGACCCCACCCAUCUACCAGAACCACAGCAACAUGAACCACAAGCCCACAGCAAUCAAAGUUUGGGGGAAGGUCAGUGAGAGUCUGGGGAAGAUCUGCUGCGUCCGCCCUCACAUGGAGCGCUUCACCUUCGUCGAUGAAAAUGCAAAUCUGGGGACAGCGAUGAGAUACGAGGAGAUUGAGUUGCGCAUCUUGCUCCUGUGUGGCAGUGAUCUCCUGGAGUCCUUCUGCAUCCCUGGCCUGUGGAAGGACAGUGAUAUGGAGGUGAUCGUUGGGGAUUUCGGGAUCGUGGUGGUUCCUCGUGAUGGAGCCGACACAGAGCGGAUCAUGAAUCACUCCUCUGUUCUCCGCAAAUACAAGGACAACAUCAUCGUGGUGAAAGAUGCCGUGAGCCACCCGAUGUCCAUCGUCAGCUCAACCAAGAGCAGACUGGCUCUGCAGCACGGUGACGGCCAUGUUGUGGACUACCUGAAUCAGCCCGUCAUCGACUACAUCCUGCAGAGUCAACUGUACAUCAACGCCUCGGGAUAGAGCCUGCCACCUGCACGCAUGAGAACAGGGAGGGUGGAGCGGGGGGAGUGGGGCUACCUAGAACCACCAUCAUCUAUCUGAAUACCCCCCACCCUCCAAAACAAGAAAAUAAAAAAUAACGUCUUCUGUGUCAAACAUUUACUCUUCUUUGAACUGUCGCUUUCCAACUCCAACAGGAGCCUUCGUGUCCCGCCUUCUGUCUGUGUCAUGUGACCUUUCCAUCAGGGAUCAGAGGGGGGAGGGUGGGGGUCAGGGCGGGGCAUUUUUGGAUGAGAUGGGGUAAUCUCAAAGGGCUGCAGAGGUGUCAUUGUGCAUAUAUUUCCACUGCAGUGGUGACGGCAGUGUUUACUCACUCUGUUUGUUAUCUGUCUGUAUUCAAGUUUGGGGAUGCAUGACACACAGCCGGGCAUGCUCAGUGUACCGACGGCAGACGGUAAAAAAACAACUCUUCUUCUGUAUCAGGGUGGCGUUCAGUUUAAAGAACACAGGGUUUUUAUGGGGGGGCCUCAUGAGAGAUGUGUUGAUAAGGAUAGGUGAUUACAGGGAUCUUUCUCAGCUGUGAAAACACAGCAGAUGAAAAGUAGACCCAUUUGGAUUUCCCUGCAGAAAAUGGGAAAGCUGAAAUGUGUCGCAAAACACUGCUGAACAUUUAGGAAUAAUUUAGUGAUUUGAAAUUUGCAAGUAAUCACGCUGCCUCUAAAGUUCGCUGGGCGCUGUUGUAACACGAGGAGGUCAGAUUUGUUCUUGCAUGAAGCCCACUGUUUGCUCUGACGUCUGAAGGGAAACCUAGCACGUAGAGCUCAGCUCCCGUCUGUCACUGUAGCUAAAACUGUACAUAAUGACACAUCAACCAUAGUUCAGGUCAACUGUGUAACCUCCAUGCUAAAGGUUUAUCAACCCGAGGGUAACCAUGGCAACAGUAUUGAUGCUCUAGGAUGUGUUGGUGACUGGAGAAACUGAAGUGUAUGUGGAGAAAGAUUCAUUGUGUUCAUGCAGCUAUUUUCCUCUGAAAACAUCAUCGGGGUGGGAAGCUAACGUGAGGCAUUUUCACACAUGUACUCCUGAAAGUUUUUAGAGAAUUGAAUGGUCAAGACCCAACCCGCACGCUUCCUGCUGCGUUUACACAUCAGCUCACCUCAACUUCCUCAAAGCCCUGGUAACUUUGGGGUAAACCCUGAAAAUUGGGGACAUUUUAAGCAGUUUUGGGCAUGUGUGGAAAGCGCUAAUGCGAUCAUAAUGCUGUGUUACGUGAAGUAAAUCCAGGUUAGCUGAGAAUUGUUUUCACUUCAGCACUCGUUGACAAGUAAACAACUAAUAAGACCUAAAAUAUGGAGGGAAAUCAGGUUGUAUUUUAAAGAACAGCAACAUAUUUAAUUACACAUUAGCUACCUUUUGAAAACAGAUAAUGCUGGAUUUCAAUUGAUUCCUGAAUAAAGUUACUAUAGCUAACGUUACGUUAGCUAGAAAGAACGAUAAGUAGUUGUUUGUUCCAAGCUCACAUUAUUUCAAGUGGGAAUUUUAGUGUUUUUAUUGUAAGGUUGUCAAAAUCUUCUGUACUUCAUUACAUUUAGAUCCCACUUGUUUGAAAACCACCCUCUUGGUUAUUUUAUUGAUCGAUUAUAUUGAUAGUGACGAAACUUAAAAACAUCUUCAGAUCUUAAGAGAAAGAGGGAGAGCAGCGGUGGGUCUUUCAAAUUCACAGGUUGGCAGAGACUGACUGUCUUGGACGAUUCUGCAUCAAAGCAGAGACAGAACAAAAUCGAUUAUUGCGGUACUGACGUCGCUUUUCGUGUUUCUGGCCGCAGCUUGACCUUUAUAACUGAUUUAUUUUGGUUUACAAUGUAAAGACAUUUGUGUUGAUGUUGAUGUUCUAAAGUACUUACUGAAUAAUAAAAAGGGAGUUCAUAUUUA